UGAUUAUAAAAUUACAAAAGUAUAAUUGAAAAACUGGACGUCUUUUAGUCACAUUAAGUAACUCUAAAAUUGGUUAAGAAGAUCACUGUUAAUAGCAGUUUCCUGAUUUCUAUUUAUAAAUCAAAGAUUGUAUGUAGAAUAACUCCCUUAUGUGCUAAUUAUAUAGCUGAUUUAGUUAUAGUUAAGGAAAAUAACGGCUGAAAAGAACAUAUUCAAGGUUAACGCGUACUACCGAAGAAGAUUUUAGUACUUCAGUUGCUAGUUACCUCGGAUGUGUUUACUUUAUGAUUCCUUAAAGAGUUUGACACAAUAAAUAUUUUGUUCCGCUUUAAUGUGGCAAUAUUUUGUUUAAAAAGAAUGAUAUUAAUUUUAAACAAUGAAAUAAUAAUAUUCAUUAAUAUAUGAUUAUGUGCAUUGUAAACUAAUAAAAUUAAUUGAGAAGAAAGUUAGAAUUCCUGGGAAUAAGAUGGCAUCUCUUACAAUGACACCUACAAAAAAAAUCUCUCAAACAAGAAAUGUACGCCAGGGUAGUGUUAUUGAUUUGGACAUUGAUAUGUUUCUUAAAAUAUCAAAUUAUGAGGAUACCGUCAGACAACUUGAUAUUUAUUAUGGAAUUGUUAAGAGACAAUUGCUACGCUACCAAAGUUGCAUAACAGGUCUUUUCCCUCAAAUUUCAAGUGAUAAAGUAGCUGGAAGUGUCAGAGAAAGUAUUUAUUGUGCUGCAGCUAUAUGGAGCUUAUAUCAAGCAUACAGACGUAUAGAUGAUGAUCGUGGAAAAUCAUAUGAACUUGGACAAUCAGCUGUAAAAUGUAUGCGUGGAAUUUUAGAAUGUUGGGUAAAGCAAUCUGCUAGAAUAGAAUUGUUUAAACGCAAUCAGUGCAACCGUUUUGCUUUGCAUUGUAAAUUUCAUUUGAAUACUGGUGAUGAGAUUUUUCAAGAUGCUGACUACAAUCAUUUGCAGAUCGAUAUUGUUUCUCUGUAUUUGAUAUUUUUGGUACAAAUGAUUUCUUCGGGAUUACAAAUUAUCUAUACUCAAGAUGAAGUCGCGUUUAUACAAAAUCUUGUAUAUUAUGUAGAAAGAGCAUAUCGUACACCAGAUUAUGGUAUGUGGGAACGAGGUAGUCGUUAUAACGACGGCACGCCGGAAAUACAUGCAAGUUCAAUUGGUAUAGCUAAAAGUGCUCUAGAAGCUAUUAAUGGAUGUAAUUUAUUUGGAGAAAAAGGAGCUUCUUGGUCAGUAAUAUAUGUUGAUAUUGAUGCACAUAAUCGAAAUCGUAGCAUUUUUGAAACAAUGCUUCCAAGAGAAUCCAGUUCUAAGAGUGUAGAUGUAGCUUUAUUACCAACAAUAUCUUUUCCUGCAUUUGCAACACAUGAGGAAGUAUUAUAUAAUGAAACAAAAGCUAAUAUAGUUCGAAGAUUAAAAGGCAACUAUGGAUUUAAAAGAUUCGGCAGAGAUGGAUAUAAAACAGUCUUGGAGGACAAAAGUCGUCGUUAUUAUAAAUCUGGUGAAAUCAAGGAAUUUGAUAAUAUAGAAUGUGAAUGGCCAUUGUUUUAUAUUUUCAUGAUCAUUGAUGGGGUCUUUAAAACCUUUCCAGAGCAAGUUGAAGAAUAUCAAACUUUGUUGAAAGAAAGGAUGUAUAAAGACAUAAAUGGAGAUCCUGUGAUACCUAUGUGUUACUAUGUACCUGAGGAUAGUUUGGAAGCAGAAAGAAAUGAUCCUGGUACUACCUACCGAUUGCCAAGUAACGAGGGAAGAGGGCAGAAAAGUCCUACAGAUACAGAACCUGCACCUAUGUAUUUAUGGAAUCAAGCUAUGUUUAUAAUUGCACAAUUAUUAACAGCUGGUUUGUUACAUAUUAAUGAAUUAGAUCCAAUCCGACGUUAUCUUCCUUCGUAUAAUAGGCCACGAAAAGCUGGAAGAUAUUCAGCUUUUCAAGCUAAACCCAGUAUUGGUACUCAUACCGAUCUUGUAGUACAAAUCGUUCUUAUUGCUGAGUCUAUGAGAUUGCAAGCUAUGAUGGCAACAUAUGGCAUACAGACACAAACACCACAUGAAGUGGAACCUGUUCAGAUAUUGUCAUCUGCGCAAUUAGUAAAAGUCUAUGAAAAAUUGGGAGUGAAUUCUAAGUUAAAUUUGCAAGGUCGUCCAGCUAGACCAAUUGGAUCUUUGGGUACAAGUAAGGUUUAUAGAGUAUGCGGUAUGACGGUACUCUGUUAUCCCUUGAUAUUUGAAGUAUCAGACUUUUAUUUAUAUAGAGAUAUGGCUCUAUUGAUUGAUGAUAUAAAAACUGAGCUCCAGUUCGUAGGCAAAUAUUGGCGACUUUCCGGCCGACCUACUGUAUGCCUUCUAAUACGAGAAGAACAUAUGAGGGAUCCACAAUUUAAAGAAAUGCUUGAUCUUUUUGCUAUGUUGAAGAAAGGAUAUUGUGAUAAAACAAAAGUACGAAUUGGUAGAUUGCAAAACCUUAUUUCAUCUUCAUGCAUUGAACAUUUGGACUUCGUAAAUACAAUGGAAACAGAUCUUGAGCUCACUCAGUUUAAACAGUUAGAGCAUGAUUAUAUUGGAUAUCAAAGUCUUACAGAUGUACCUAAAGCUUUAACUUAUACUGAAAAUGUAGACAAUUAUUCUCAUUUUAUGAAUGAACCACUAUGUAAUAUAUUAAACGAAAUCCGCAAUACUAAAAAUCUUUAUAGUCUAUGUCAACUUUAUGGUAUUUUGUUGCAACGUGAGGGUAUUAAUUAUGAAAUUAAUGGAAUGACAGUUGGUGACUACUUGCGAACUUUAUAUCAACAAGCAGGCUGUCUUCGAUAUUGGAUGGUUGUUCGUUACUGUAGUAGUUUAUUAAAUCAUACUGUCGAUAGUAUUAGCCCUUUCAUAACGGGUGUCCUUGUUAAGGGGAAGCAGAUUACAGUUGGAGUAAUUGGACAAGAAGAAACAGUCUUUGAUAAACCAAUGACACCUGCAGAAAUUCAGUCAGUUAUGUAUUCUACAAUUCAACCACAUAAUGUGGUACAAGCAGUACUUCAGCAAGAAGUUUUAUUGUAUUGUGGUAGACUGAUUGGAACAAAUCCAGAAAUGUUUAAAGGAAUAUUAAAAAUUCGUAUUGGGUGGGUGUUAGAAGCAAUAAAACUUUAUUUGCAAAUGUUUGUUAAAAACCCCAAACCCAUUGAAAAUUAUAGUCCUUUUGAAAUUCGCCGAUUUCUUAUUAAAGUAUUGACGGUUAAAAAUUGGGCUAAUGAUGAAAAACUUACAGUAUUAGGGCGUAGAAAAAUUGAAGGAUGCUUAUGCAGAGUACCUUCACAUUUUUAUAAUCAUGUUUGGGAAGUUUUGAUGCGUUGUCCAGGCGGUAUUUGCGUUAAUGGACAAGCAUUGCCACAACAACCUACUCUUUCUAAUAUGACCCGUUCAGAACUUACAUUUGCUUUACUUGUGGAAUCUUUGCUCCAUCAUAUACAAUUACCUGAGUAUCGUCAAAUUAUUGUAGAGUUACUUACCAUUGUGUCAACAAUUUUACUCAGAAAUCCAGAACUAAGUUUUCAGAAACAAUUGAAUCUUAAUAAACUUGUUGAAGACGCUUUCUUCAUGUUCUGUAAGGAUAAUAAUUUAGAAAAAACAGCUGAUCAAUCCUUAUUUUUCUCUACUCAUUAUUCAAUAACUACGGGAUACCUUGCCAGGGCUAUAGUCAAUAAUGUACUCACUGGAGGAUGUUUUGCAACUAUAAAUGACAUUAAUGAUGCAAUUGAAAAUAGUGAAACUUGUAAAAUUGCGUAAUAUAUAGUAGUUGUUUAUUAAAAUAGUGCAUUGUUUGUA